CCAGCCUGGCAGGUCCUCCAAAGGACUUUGGCUUUACUGUGGACCCAGCUGUAGCGGCUGUCGGUGCCACUUAUAAGGCUCACCCUGCCCUCUGUUGAGGAUGGACAGUGCGAGUGGGCAGGAGUGGCAGAGAGAGAUCAGUUAAGAGGUCAGAGUAGUGAUCCAGGCAAGAGAUGAUGGAGGCUCAGAUCAGGGUGGGGGCAGCCAGGGUGCUGGGUGUACAGCUUGGGGCACAGACUGGACAGGUCCUCAAUUCCUUGGAGGAGUAGCAGGGCCAGAGGCUGGGUUUUAGUGGUUGAGGGAUAAGUGGGAGGUGCGAGAUGGAGAGCAGUGGGGGGCACAACUCUCUGAGAGGCUGGAAGCCAAUGGAGCACAGGCGGGGGGGUACUCGGCUGCAGCAAGAGGGACUGUUGAUUGUAAAGGUGCCGCCGAGCGUGAGGCUCCGCGCCCCCUCUGUCAUGGGCAUGUGCUGCAGCAAGGCCGGUGAGCACAGCACCAGCCCCUUCUGGGGUCAGCCUCGGUGCCGCCGCCACCUCCAAGGACAGCGUAGGCUGGGGAGGCGGGGAGGAAGCUUUCGUAGGUCAGGAGUGGGAGCUGCCGACCCACCCUCGCGGGGUGGGAGGUCGGUCCCCUGUAUGUUGUUUAAGGGUGAGUGCGGGUGCCGUCGCCCAGGUUGCUGGGGAGAGUUGAAAGCCAGCCUUAGCCAGGCCGGCCAGAGCCUCAAGGUGUGCGUGCAGUGGGGGAGGGUAACACGGAGGCUUGAGAUCUUGAGUGGAGGGCGAUGAUUCGAGUCCGCCGUGUGGAUUUACCAGCGAGGGCGACUGGCCGUACUGAGGUUCACAGGGCAGGGCCCGUGGGAGUGGAGGACCGCGAGCCGACACGCCCCCCGACCCUGCCAGCCACUGGGCUGAGGUCAGAGAGGUGGGGCGGGUGGGCUGGGCAGAGGGCUGAGGAGAUGGGGGCAGGGCUGGAAAGUUCUGCAGGAGGGGCCUGAGAAGGGAAGCACCUAAGAGGCAGCCACUCCCCUCCCUCCCUCUGACGGUUUCACUUUUGUUUUCUCGUCCCAGCCCUUUGGCUUCCGGGCAAAGGGGAAGGAGUCCGGCUGAAGACCUAGGCCGCGGUGGCCCAGGCAGCUGGGGGAGCGGGAGUGCGGGAUGUGGGCCAGCCCCACAGUGAGGGGGGUGCCAGGGAACGCUGCCCAGGGGCCUGCGAGGGGUGAGGCGGGGCUGUGGGCUGCUACCCCACCUGCUCCUCCGGCCCAGGCUGUGAUGAUGGGCGAGGAAGAGGCGGAGCUGGGGGCAGCCGUGGAGCUCAGAGGCCUGCCCCACGACGUCCCAGAUGAGCUGCUCACGCUCUACUUCGAGAACCGUCGAAGCUCUGGGGGUGGACCUGUGUCGAGUUGGCAGAGACUUGGCCGCGGGGGCAUCCUCACCUUCCAGGAGGCUGCAGAUGCAGCGAGGGUCUUGGCCCAGGAGCACACUCUGCACGGCGCUCGGCUGAGCCUGCGGCCAGCCCCACCACGCGCCCCUUCGCGCCUACUGCUCCAAGGACUGCCUGCUGGCACGGGACCCCAGCACCUGGAGCAGUACGUCCAAGCCCUGCUUUGUGCCGCAGGACAGCCAGUGCAGCCCUGCCAUGCCCUGGCCAGUCCCCGACCAGACCGGGCCCUGGUGCAGCUGCCCAAGCCCCUUUCAGAGGCAGAAGCCCGCGUCCUGGAGGAGCACGCCCAGGCCCUGGGCCUGGAGGGGGCUGAGGUCUCCCUGGCCUGGGUGCCUCAGGCCCGGGCGGUGCGUGUCGUGGGGGCCAACCCCCCUGCAGACCUGAUGCUGCUGGAGCUGUACCUGGAGAAUGAGCGCCGCAGUGGCGGGGGGCCCCUGGAGGGCAUGCGCAGCCUGCCAGGGCAUCUGGGCACCAUCGCUUCCUUCCGGCAGUGGCAGGUGGCCGAACGGGUGCUGCAGCGGGCCCACCAGCUGCAGGGUUCAGAGCUGAGCCUUGUCCCCCACUACGAUGUCCUGGAGCCCGAGGAGCUCAGCGAGCGCACCAGUGGAGGGGGCUGCUUGGCCGAGUUGGGGCCUGCGGCCCCCAAGCAUGCUGUCCUAGAGGCUGGAGGGCCAGCAAGGGCACAGAAUUGUACGGGGAAUGUGACAUUGGGCUCUGAGGAGGCACCGGGGCAGGCAGGAGCCUCGCUGAGGACAGGGCCUCUCUGGGACAGGUCCUCUCUGGGACAGGCCAGGCCAGUCAGCUCCAGUCCCAUGGGGUCUUCAGAACAGGAGGGGCUGGUGAGCCCAGGGCCUACGGGGUCUCCAGGCCCAGCGGAGAUUGCCGUGGGGUCUCUGGAGCAGGUGGUGUCAGUGAGCCUGGACCCUGUGGGGUCACCGCGGCAGGAGGGCCUGGUGGAGACAGUGUUGCCGAUGGAGCCAGGAGCAAUGCGCUUCAUUCAACUCUAUCACGAGGACCUUCUUGCUGGCCUGGGAGACGUCGCCCUCUUCCCACUCGAGGGAUCAGAUGUGACUGGAUUUCGGCUCUGCGGAGCCCUGGCCCCAUGCCAGGCAGCCGAGGAGUUUCUGCAAAGUCUGCUGGGCAGCGUUAGCUGUCACUUGCUGAGCCUGAAGCACCCAGGCAGUGCCAGGUUCCUGCUGAGCCCAGACGGGCAGCACCUUCUGCGGGGGCUGGAGGCCCAGUUCCAGUGCGUCUUCGGGACAGAACGUCUGGCUAGGGCUGCCCUAGACGCAGACCAGGGAGAGGUGGACCCCACUGAGGCUCUACAGGCCCUCCCUGGCUACUCCCACACCCUGUGGCCUCCAGACAAUACAGACGGUGACCAGGAGAAUAUGAGCCUAGAGGAGGUCCGAGAGCUGCUGGCCGCCCUGGAGGGCCUGGACGGGGAAGACUGGCUGCCAUUGGAGCUGGGGGAGGAGGAGCCUGCGAGGCAGCCAGAGGAGAGGACUCCCAGGGCUGGGGAGGGGCCCGUGGCCCCCAGCACCGGGGCGCCUGGGCGGCUGGAGGAGGAGGCCGAGCUGCAGCUGGCUCUCUGCCACUCACUGGAGCCACAAGGCCAGGUGGCCGGGCGGGAGGAGGCUGUAGCGCUGCAGUGGGCCCUGGCCCUCUCCCUGCAGGAGCCGCCCCCGCUGGAGGAAGGACAGGAGCUCCGGGGUGGGGGGCCUGGUAGCUGGGCCCAGCUGGAGGUGCAUGCGGCCUUUGAGCAGGAUAUGGAUGAGCUGGACCGGGCCCUAGAGGCGGCCUUGGAGGUGCACCUCCGGGAGGAGACGGUGGGGCCCCAGGGCUGCGUGCUGCCCGCGGAGCUGUGCGCCCGCCUGGAGCGGCGCCACGGCGUGAGCGUUGCCCUUCGUGGUGACCGCACCGUCUUCCGUGGCUUUGGGACCCAGCCCACCCGUGCGGCCCGCCACUUAGCAGCGCUGCGGGCUGGCCCCCGGGAUCAGAGCUUGGCCUUUCCCUUGGCGGCUUCGGGCCCCACUCUGCCACAGCAGAGGCCGAGGGAGCCCUUGGGCAGGCUGGAGCGUGUGGCCGAGAGCAGCAGUGAGUUCCAGACGGUAGUGCAGGCCUUCUGCGCCACACUGGACGCUGCCCACGGCAGGAUCCGUGUUGUCCAGCUCUGCACUGAGUCACUUCCUGAACUCCAUCUUCAUCAACUUCUUAUUAUCCACACCCACUGGAUGCAGUUCAGCAAUUCCAUUCUUAAUGUGGAGCGUGUGUUGCACCCGCUGCUGCAGCAGCAGUACGAACUGCACCGGGAGCGCCUGGAGCGGUGCUGUGACCGGCGGCCGGCCGAGCAGGUCCUGUACCACGGCACGUCGGUGGCCACCGUCCCGGACAUCUGCGCGCACGGCUUCAACCGCAGCUUUUGCGGCCGCAACGGAACGCUCUACGGACAGGGCGUGUACUUCGCCAAGCACGCCUCCCUGUCGGUGCUGGACCGCUACUCGCCCCCCGACUCCGAGGGCCACAAGGCCGUGUUUGUGGCGCGGGUGCUGACCGGCGACUACGGGCAGGGCCGCCGCGGGCUGCGGGCACCCCCCCCGCGGCCCCCCGGCCACGCUCUCCUGCGCUACGACAGCGCGGUGGACUGCCUCCCCCGGCCCAGCAUCUUCGUCAUCUUUCACGACACCCAGGCGCUGCCCACCCACCUCAUCACUUGCAAGCACAUGUCCGGGUCUCCCCGUGGAGACCCCCCUGGGCUCUUGAGCAACUCCUCAGCCACCUAACCCUAGAGGCCCCGCCCCCUCGGCCCAGCCGCUGGCCUCCUGCUCCCCAGGCUCCCCGCUCCGCACAGCCCCACCGCUCCCUCCCCCGCCCGAGCUGCCCCCGGGGUCGCCCCUGCCUCCUGCAGUGGUGGUGCCCAUAGGGGCGGCCGGACGGGGAGGGCUUGGGCAGGGUUCCCCGCCACCCCCACCCCCGGGCCGGCCCAACCACCAGGGGUCAGCAGAGCCCAGGAGGAGGGGGGCCGGCCCUCGCCCGAGCGCGACUGUGUUGUUUGAAUAAAUGUGUACGUGAA